AUGUCCUAUUUAUCUUCAACAUAUAUCAUUUCAAAGAUCGAUAACAAUGUAGAUAUGAUAUGCUUUUUAUUGACUUGUAAAAGAUUGUAUCAUUCUAUUAGACUACAAUCAUACAAGAAUAUAAGGUUUAAAGGAUUGACGUGUUUUGAUCAUGAAUGGUCAGAUACUGGUUUAAACGAAUCAGUAGUUCGAUUAUCAAACUGUAUACCAUCAUUUAAAGAGAUUGUUCAAAAUACACUAUCACAUCUGGUCAUCAGAGGAAAAACCUUUUCCAAAUGUAAAGGAUUGUCAAACUUUUAUAUCUUGGAGUCAAUUAAUAUAAAUGAUGGCGAUAAUAAUGAUAAUAACAGUAAUCAUAGUGAUAGUGACAACGACAAUAAUAGUGAAAAUGAUAAUGACGACAAUAAUAGUUUCGAUGGUAGUAAAAGCAAAGAUGAUGGCGAUGAUGAUGAUAGUAAUAUUAGUGACAGCGAUAAAUAUAAUGGUCAAGAAAUGAAUCAAGUUCAAGAUACCACCAAACCUAACAUCACUUGA